AUGUACAUAUUUCGAUCAACAGCACCUUCGCAGCCCGGCGCUUUCUUGCAGACUUCAAACGUGACGCGCCGUUGCCUAUCGACCUUGUCCUCCCGCAUCAGACUACCUGCAAGGCUAUCUGCGCGAUGUUAUAGCAGCGAGAAGCAGUCCAACUCGGACCGGAGGCUUACAGGUGGCACCACUACUCCGGCACCUUCUGAGGAAGCUCUGAAGUCAAAGGCUCCCUUCUACUUCGAAGCCGGGUACGCACUCUUUGCAAAGCGCCCGUCUCGACCUUUUCCUCCGCCCUUUCUAUCCUACCCCAGCGGCAGCUUUUCGGACCCGCUCAGCACGCACCACCGCAGCCGAGACCGGCGCUCAUACUACGAUGGCGAGAUGAUACGCGGUAUCACAAACGGAGACGACGCAGUGCUAGUGUCUGAUAAUUUCAUCUGUGCAAACGAUGGCGUCGGGGCUUGGGCGCACCGAGAAAAGGGGCAUGCAGCACUAUGGGCCCGCCUGAUACUUCACUUCUGGGCGCUGGAGGCAGAGAAAGAUCAGUAUGGGAGAGACGCAGAGCCGAACCCGGUGCGAUACCUGCAGGAGGCGUAUGAGAAUACAAAGAAGGCUACGAAUGAAUGGCAAGGCACGACUACCGCUUGUAGUGCGUUACUGGGCGCGGACAAGGACGAUCCUUCAAAGCCUAUAUUAUAUGUGACGCAGCUUGGGGACUCGCAGGUUCUGGUAAUCAGGCCAAAGGAUGGAAACACGUUGUUCAAGACGAAAGAGCAGUGGCACUGGUUCGAUUGCCCGCGUCAACUCGGCACGAAUAGCCCAGACACACCCACUGAGAUUGCGGUCAUGAAUCGCAUGGAGCUUGAAGAAGAUGAUGUUGUCAUUGCCAUGUCCGACGGCGUAGUGGACAACCUCUGGGAACAUGAGAUUGUCGACUUCGUGCUGGAAAGCCUGCGCAAGUGGAACAAUGGCGAGGUCGCGAAAGAGAGAGGAAAGGACCCUGGCGAAGAGAGCCACGCGCAAGGCAUGCAUUACGUUGCAGAAGAAUUGGUCAAAGAGGCCAGGAAGAUUGCCGAAGAUCCAUUUGCUGAGAGUCCGUACAUGGAGAAGGCUGUUGAGGAAGGUCUGUCUAUUGAAGGAGGCAAACUUGACGAUAUCAGUGUAGUCGCUGCGCAAUGCAAACGCAGGAAUGGAUGA